CAACGAUACGAAUGUAAAUAAACAAUGAUUAACUUCGUCUAAAUUUGAAUCUAUAUUACUAUAUUAUUCACUAAUGAUUAUUGGAUCAUGUGCUAAGUUUAUAUUACUUUUAACAUGUCUAGUUGCCAUCCUUCAGAUUAUACAUUUAAUACUUUUAAAUCAUUUGGAAAUAAUACGUUCCCAAAGAACAAAAAUAUUUCAAGAACCAAAGGGAGAAUCCUUGUCUCCAGAACAACAGGCUAGAUUAAUUUAUGAAAAAUUUGAAGAUACUCUUGACAGUAAACAUUAUUUUGAUUCAACUGGGGUUUACCGCAUUGUGAAUUUGGCAGAUACUGUUAGACCUUUAGUAUUCUCUGAACCAAAUCCUGAUAUAACGUUGGUUACACACUGUUCUUAUAAUCAUCUGUCUAAAGUUAUUCCACUAGCUAAACAGUGGCAGGGUCUAGUUUCAGUUGCAGUGUAUUCUGAAGUUGAAAAUAUUGCUUUAACUUUAUGGAAAAUAGCUAGCAUCCAAGUAGAUGUUAAAGCCAUUAAGGAUAAUGUGUCGUUUUCUGUUGUGACCCCCAUCCCUUCUAAAGAUGAACCAGUUCCUACCUUAUCACCUUUUCCUGCAUUGGAUAUAGGUAAUAACUCAGAUGAAUACUUUCAGAACUAUGAUGUCAUCAUGAUCUAUCCAAAUAAUCUUCUUCGAAAUGUUGCUCGAAGAGCAUCACAUUCUGAGUUUAUUUUCACUAUUGAUGUCGACAUGGUUCCUAGUGAAAAUUUAAGACAGGAAUUUUUAUUAUUUGCAACAAAAAAAGGACUAUUUAGGAAGAAUCGUCGUUAUGAUAAAACUGUUUUUGUGAUACCAGUAUUUGAAGCCAAAGAAGGUGUUUCUCCACCUAUGAAUAAGCCCCAACUUUUAAGUUUGAUAGAAACUGGAGAAGUCCGUCCAUUCUAUGCUCAGAUUUGUCCAAAAUGUCAGGAUUUGACUAAUUAUGAAGGUUGGUUAAAUGAACCGCCUGGGUCUGAAAUGGCAACUAUUUUUGAUGUCUUAUGGAAGGAUCCUUGGGAGCCAUUUUACAUUGCUAGUAAUAAUGUGCCUUUAUAUGAUGAAAGGUUCAAACAGUAUGGUUUUAACAGAAUUAGUCAGGUGUGUGAACUACAUGUAGCCGGUUACACAUUCUCUGUGAUGAAUAAUGGCUUUCUUGUUCAUCGUGGUUUUAAAACAGAACAAAAUUUUCAUAUUGAGAAAGAUAGAGAACAAGAAAGCAACAGACUUUUGUUUCGUGUUUUUAAGGCUGAAUUAAAAUAUAAAUAUAUUGACUCGUCUAGGCGUUGUUAUUGAAAUAUUACUGUUUCAAAGUUAAGAAAUAUUUGAGAAAAAAGAUUUUUAUUUAUAUAUAAAUAAUAUGAUUUUAUUUAUAUAUAAGUAUAUGAUUUAGACAAAUUAAAGUAGAACUAUUGUUCUUUCAUAAGACAGUAGUUAUAAUAUAUAAUUUUUUUUUCAUUUUUUUUUUGUUACUGCCGUUUAUUGUCCAUCUUGUUAACUCAAAUACUUUCUAUACUUCAUUUGAUUCUGCAUGUAAUAGGUUCUUUUUUCUGUAGGAAUUCUAGAAAUCAAAACUGGAGAAGUUAGAAUGAAUAAUUGUAGAAUGGGGGCCUUCCAUAAUUAUUUUCAAGUAACUGUUCUUAUGUAUAUCUUUGUUCUCCACCAUUCUCCUUCUGGUUCAUUGACCUAAAUAAUAUCCCAGAUAUAUUAAAUUUAUUCAUUAGUAAACAUCUAAUAUUUUCCUUAGUUCAAUGUCUAAACCAGUAACAACUGGUAGAAAAACGGAAAGAAUCAGGCAUGUGGACCCUAGAGCUCACCUCAAAGUGAAUAAAUUAUUGAAGAAAUAUUUUUCCUCUAAUCUCCAGUCCUUGUGUACAAUUCAGUGAUUUUGAAUCGUUAACUUAAGUGUCAAUGUGAAAUUGGCUGUUUUAUCAACCACAAUGGCUAUUACUGAAUGGUAUAAGGCAAAUAAGACUUCUAAAGCCUUAAUGAAUGUAGUACGAAAUGUUCCAGUUAUGGCUGCGAUGGCUUUUUUUGUUCCUCCUGCCCAUCAUUUCUGGCCCAUAGGGUUUCAGCAGUAAUAGGUUAAUACACAUUGGGUAUAUGUACGCCCUCUAUUGUCAAUAACACUCUAUUUGUAUUUAUUAUUAUAAUUUUUUUUUUGUGGAUAAUUUAAAUGGGGAACAUAUUUUGGGUUCAAGUACAGUACGGCACAGUGAAUGGAUGUUUAACUUGCUUAAGGGGCUGCACCUUAUCCUCUGCCAGAUUACAUGGCCAGCCCUCCUGGUCUGCCGUGUCCAUCCGAUUCUCAUUCACCAUCUUCUGCCUUCUUAUCCACAUACAAUGGUGGCUUACCGAUAUUGGGUAGGAGAGCCCUACAAAGAUUGAAGUGCGAAGAUCCCACCACUUCCUUCCAUCCAUAAAUAAAGUUUAUUAAGGGAUAGUUUUUCUCUUCCAUCGGUCCGGAAAGGUCCAUUUAGGCAAGGGCGAAGAUACCUACCUGUAUUUCUCGACAAUCUGGCAUGGUGUUCUUCUAUGGCAUCAUAGAAUUUCACCACAUGUUCUGCCAUCUUGGUAACUCCAUGAAUAGGGCACCAUAGAUAAAUAUUCAUUUCCAAAUGCAUGUGAUUUCCCUCGGAACCCUUCGUGCCUUUUAGGCUAUACGGGAUUUUCCCGGGCCGGGGGGUGAGGGCAGGGAAUUUAAAAUCCCCUCCGGCACCGGGACGCGAACUCGUACUUUUUAUAUCAUCUCAAAUCUCUGUUAUCCGGCUGCCAGGCAACUAGUGGUGUUGUGCACACGCUUUUGCCUAUUCGGCCACCCCGCCCCCUUAGAGGUAUAUUGACCUAUAGGACUUUGAUGACUCCUUGCCCUUGCCUCUCCCCUUAUACUUCUGUCUCAGGUUGGUGAUCAGGUUGUGUCAGGAAGUGUCCCCUGUCCAAGCAUCUGUCUAUCUCUAAUAGAUCAUUCCCAAUAAAGGGGACAUACAGCUUUUCAGCUUCAGGAUUGCUGUGUCACUGGCAUCAAGUUCCGGAGCUCUUCCUGUACACCACUAUUUGUUGGUUCUAUACCUUUCAUUGUGGAAUAAACUGUGUGCCAGGCUGGCUCCCUGUUUCCUGCCUGAGGGCUCUGUCCUUUUCAUUGUCCUGGGACGGGUAGUUCCUGGGGUUGGUCUGGUCCUUUCAAUUGUUUCUUUCAGAGUGGCUGCUGGUCCCUCUUCAGUUCUUAUAGCUACCAUUAGUUGGCUUGGCUUGUUUCUCUCAACGGCUUAUGUCGACGAUGUUGGGGCUUUAGUGGCAUCUAACAGCAGAGCCGGAAUAAGAGAUGAAGUAGAACAAUUCGCCAACCUGGUAAAACAAUGAUAUGAGAUGAAGUAAUUGAAAAUGGCUGCUGCAAAGACUCAGGCCAUCCUCUUGAAAGGGAAAAUGGAUCGGACUCACCCUAAAAAUCUUAACAUUUUUAGGUAGCUACCUACCUUGGUAUAAGAUUCUGAAAAGGAUUGUACAUUACUUGGACUACCUCACUUGGGCUACCUUGGAAAUAGAGUAGCCCUAGCCUUGAAUGGUCUAAGUCGUCUAGGAGGCACCUUUAGGCACCUAAAGGGCCUCUGUUACCCAGCUCCAGCUACCAUGACCAUUUAUAAUGGUGUGAUACUGGGCACUCUGAGGUACCCUUCUCUUGCUUGAUUCAGAAACCCCUCACACCGACAGAAAUGAAGGUUGGCGUCGAUUCAGUGGACGGCUCUACUGCGAGUCACUAAGUCAUAUCGGAGUGUGUCUCAUGAGGUAGUGCAGAUUUUAACAGGAGUGGUACCACUCGACCUUCUCCGUGCAGAUUCAUCCAAAUAUGUUUUUAAAAGAGAAGUCUCAACAGGUCUACCGGAAGAUAUACAGAUAAGGAUUGUUGAGAAAUCUCGAAAAUGGAAAAAGGCAAUUCAGCAAGAUACUAGUGAUGAGUGGAACCGGCGGUGAGUGACUACCAUGAAAGGUUCUACCUUAAGAAAAUAUUUUCCCCACCCUUCAGAAGAGAAGCAGAAUGGAUUAUCCCAGACUAUUGGGUCUCGCAAUUUCUCAUAGGGCAUGGGGUUUUCCGUAGGAGUUGCAUGGCCUUGAAAAGGACGUUGAUCCUGUAUGCCCCAGUUGCGGAGUUCUGGAGACAGCUGAACAUACUAUUGUAUACUGCACUGUUUUUGAGGCACUUCGAACUAUACUUCUGAGGGAAACUGGGCUCCACCUCCUGUCUGAGAACAAUUUCCCUCAGUUGAUGACCGAUGAGAACGGCCUGUUCUUCAAAGUCCUUUGUUUAUGGGUGGUAAACCGCAGUUGGCCCUGCUCAUUAUAAUAUUUCAAAAAGAGGACCAUUUUUUGGAUGACUGCUGGACAGAGGAGGUGAGGAAGAAGAAGGUGGAGGCCGCCUGGAAACGAGCACAUGACAUCUAUACUGUGAUCACUAUGAUUUGAUCGCUAGAUGUUAAUUGGCAACAUUUGCAUACCCUGCAAAUUUGGCAACAACCAUUUUGCCCAAAGGCAAGGAAGGGCCAAUAAAUGAACAAAAUAGUUGACUCGGCUUCAACUAUCUAGUGCCGUCCUGUUUGGUAUUCCUCAUGAAUUCUUCACAGUCUCAGGUUUUAUGAAUUCCUCCCCAGACAUUAUUUUCUGCCAUCGCACUCCAGGCUUGUCCUCUCUUUGCUUUCCUCAGCAUUUUUCCUAGAGGGAUACCUUUCUGCUUCCUUUCCUACAAUUUUAGUCAUCAAGUGCCACUAUGAUACUCCUUUUCGAGUUCUGUUAGCUCUUGUGUCCACCAUGGGACGUGCCCUCUUCUCACUUCUCUGUGCUUCAUUGAGUCAUCUACUGUACCACCUAUUGCUCUGGUCAGAUCGACAACGCUCUGAUCCAGACUUAGCACAGAUCACAUGGGUAGAGCUGUUUGUUCUCUCCUCCCUGGUCAGCCAACCUGGACUUCAAGUCACUGGUAAAAUCUUCUAAUGUCUGUAUGUCAUCUUGGUUUUCAAAUGUUCCAAAUGUAACUGUCUGAUAUGGUAUCCAUAAUCUUUGAAUAUGUGUCCGAGUCCACUUCGUCCAAAGAAUAUUCCUGGAUAUCGCGAAAUCAUUCAGACCUCUUACCUACAAACGCUCAUGUUACCACAGAUGACUUUGAAGAUUAGAAUCCCUUGCUACCAUCUCAUACUAUAUGAAAACUUACAAAGUUAUUCAUCAAUUGAAGGUUGAUACUGGUUUGGUUGUGAGAUCUUUGGUCACCAGUCCCUCACAAAUGUGGCAAAUCAGAAUACUGCCAUUCGAGCAUUUGAAAAGUCUAGACAAGUGCAACUGGUAUCACAUGACGAAUGAAUGUUUCGAAAUAGGUAUUAACAAGAUAGCACAUCCGGAGGCAUAUCGUUCAUGGUAACAACUUUGGAGGGAACUAAUAGAAAGUAACAAGGAGGGAUGAGUAUAGACAGACUUUAGAUAGAAUCAACCAUUGCACAGAUACUUCGGUUUAUGCCAUUCGAGGUUUGCCUUGUUCGUAAAUGUUAGACUGUCCAAAUCUUAAGUUGAAUAAGUUCCUUUGAAUCAUUUAUACUCCAUAUGGGUGAUUGACCCAGUGAUGGAGGUCCCUUGCCCAGAGAUAUCAGGUUGCUAUUGCUAGUUACACUCCCAAUAUAAAGUCUUCUCAGGAGAGGUUCCUGAGGUCUAUACUAUAUGUGUAAGUGCGCUGUAUGCUGAAAGCAAGAGACCGGGGAAUCAAUUAUCCCCACUAGUGGAGCUAGUAUCCACUAGUUCUUGCAGGUGUUAAGCUUACCCCUAUGACAAAAUCCUAAUUCUGGCCCUGGGAAGUUAUAUAAAUUUUGAACUUAAUACAAUUCAUUAAGUUAUAAUACAAAUGUUCUUAUUGAAAUGUCUAUCGGCUUGAGGCAAAAUGGUGAGUAAAUAAAUAGUUAUUAUCCAAGGAAGGGAAGAUGUUACUUUCCUUUGUUGAUCUGGAUUAUGAUAUUCAGUUAAGAUCUCGCGUUAGGCGUAAAAUUACAAAAAUAAAUAAAUUGCAAUAAAUUCAUUCUAAAUCCAUUUUUCAAUUUUCCUCUUUUAUAUAUAUUUUAAACCAUAUUUUUACAAGCUAUCAUGAGAUAAAAUAAUUUCACAUUGCUAUUAAAUUGAAUUUUAUUCUUACAUUGUUCAUUUUUUAUUCCUCGUUUUUCUCUUUUCUUUAUGACUCAUAGGAUUUUGUUUUUAAAUUUUUAUUUCUAUGCAUUAACUUAAUAUUUAAGGUUUACCAAUCUAAGAUGUGUUAUUGACUUAGGUUUUAUAAUAUUGUUAUAUAACUUACUUUUGUUAUGUGAACAAAAAGUGGUAUUAUGUUGAAAUUGUGAUCAUUAAUAGUCUUCUUAUGAUGUUUUUAACUAUUAAAAAUGUUUACUUUUUUGUUUAUUUAUGUUUUCUAAACCUAUAUAUCCUCCAAAUAUGUCAUAUUGAAAAAUUAAUUACAAUAUAUAUUAUAUGUGGUGAAAUAUUACAUAAUUAUGUCUAUAUCUAUCUAUCUAUCUUAGGUAUAUUAAGGGUUAGUAACAUGUAAGAAAUAUGACAUCAGUUGUGCAUUUAUAAGAGCUAACCAUGAC